AUGACUACCGCCACCUUGUUGCCUCUCCCCGCCGAGUGGUCUGCUCCGGAAUCUUUCCAGGCCUACGCUACCAUCUCCUCCCCCUCCAAGCGUGUCAUUGAGCCCGUUGGCCCUGGCUUCCUCGCACAUGCCCGCCGCACCCUUAGAGGCCGUACCUGGUCUGAGGAUGAGAAAAUCCAGGCAGAGAAGAACGUCAAGAAGGUUGUCGAGAACAAGGACGAGAUUGAGCUCGAAGAUGAGCCCGAAGAUCCUUCCAUCUUUGAGCUGGAUGCCAAGGACUGGAAGAACCAGGACCACUACAUGGUUCUUGGUCUUACAAAGCUGAGAUACAAUGCUACUGAUGAUCAGAUCCGCAUUGCCCACAGAAGAAAGGUUCUUAAGCACCACCCCGAUAAAAAGGCUGCUCAGGGCCAGAUCAAUGAGGAUAGUCUGUUCAAGUGCAUUCAAAAGGCCUUUGAGGUUCUUUCUGACCCCGUCCGCCGCAGACAGUUUGACUCAGUCGAUAAGGCUGCCGAUGUCCUCCCCCCCAAGAAGAAUGUCAAGGGCGACUUUAUUGAGCUCUGGGCCCCUGUCUUUGCUGCUGAAGGCCGCUUCUCCAAGACCCAGCCUGUCCCCGUUCUCGGCACCUUGGAGUCUCCCAAAACCCAGGUUGACGCCUUUUACUCCUUCUGGUACAAGUUUGACUCAUGGAGAACCUUUGAGUACCUCGAUGAGGAUGUCCCCGACGAUUCCAGUAACAGAGACAACAAGCGUUACAUUGAGAAGAAGAACAAGGCUGCCCGCCAAAAGUACAAGACUGAUGAUACCGUCAGACUGCGCAAGCUUGUCGACACUGCUCUCGCCCAAGAUCCCCGCAUCAAGAUGUUCCAGGACGCCGAGAAGAAGGCUCGUGAGCAGCGCAAGUGGGAACGUGAAGCUGGUGCUCGUGCUGCCCAGCAGGCCAAGGAGGAGGCCGAGAAGAAGAAGGCUGAAGAAGAGCGUCUUGCCAAAGAAUCCCAGCAGGCUGGUAAGAAGGCCAAGGAGGCUGCUAAGAAUGCUAAGAAGAAACUCAAGCGUACCGUCCGUGCCGGUCCCAAGGAGGUAUCUUACUUUGGCGAAGCUGACUCCAAGGUUCAAGAGUCUAUUGAUGCUGAUGUUGAUGCCAUUCUUGAGAAGCUCAAUGACACCCAGCUCGCCGAUCUUGCCGGUAAGGUUUCCGAUAACAAGGAUGCUGCCGCUGUCAAGGCUGCCUACGUUGCUACUGCUGCCGAGCUCAAGCUUUCGUCUGUCAAGUACUUUAGCUCUUAG